AUGGCGGCCUCUGAUAGCCAGCCCUUGGAGCUAUUCGGAAGCACCGAGAUGAACGACUUUGUUAUCGACACGGCCUUGUUCCCGGCCGUCGAUCGCAUCAGUCAGGAUUAUACACACAACAAUCUCCCGCCUGGGUCACCCCAGCUGCUCGCGGCGCCACCAUUACAGUCACGCGGUCACCUGAACGGAGCUGGCGCUGAGCUUACCACCACUACGGGCCCAUCAUGCGACGCGACCCCGGCCAGUGGCAGCUCGCGUGGCGAGUCGUCCCCAGUGUCGGGAUGGCUGGGCCCCUUACACAUAGCGGCGCAUAAGGGGCAUGACAAGAUUUUGAAGCUGCUGAUCCAACACAAUCCAGACUGCAAUGAGAAGGACGGCAGUAACUUGACACCGUUGAUACAUGCUGUGAUAGGGGGCUACGAGGAUGUGGUUAACACUCUGCUACAACACGCCGCACGUGUUUCUGAGAUAGAUCUGCAAGGCCGCUCAUCUUUACACUGGGCCGUUGUGCACCGGCGGGACUCGAUAUUGCGGCUGCUGCUGGAGAACUGCCAUGGCCUCGGCGCAGCGGUGAAUGCCUACGAUAAUCAUGGCAAAACGCCACUGCACAUGGCUAUCGACACGGGGUUCGAGGAAGGCGUGCAGAUCCUUCUACGAUAUGGCGCCGAUACAGGCCUCGUGGGUCGCUUCGACAAGACCAGGAUGGAAUCCUGUGAGGUCUGGGCUUACCGGCGGCGUGGUAUUUCCCUAAUGGCCUUGGCCGUCUCUAUGUCUCUCGUUUCGGCAGCACCAGAAAGGAGCCGCCCAUGUCGUACCCUUCCGGGUGACAGUGAUUGGCCCAGUGUCCGUGCAUGGAACGCUCUGAACAGCACCGUUGGCGGCAGACUCAUCCAGGGUGUCCCAGUGGCUCAGGUGUGCUACGGCAUUCAAACCGAGGCUGAGGCUACGGCUUGCGCAAGCCUGAGAGAUAGCUGGGGUCUGGUAGAUCCUUUCUUGAGCCAGCCCGUCAGCGUCGUAUCCCCUUACUUCGAGAACAACACGUGCACGCCAUUCGUCCCCGUUGACACGCAGUCCACCAAUGACACCUCGCUCUGCCAACUUGGCAACAUGGCCUCGUACGCCAUUGAAGUCUCAGGCGUUGAGACGGUCGUGGCUGGCCUCAGCUUUGCCCGUGAGCAUAACCUCAGGCUCAUUGUCAAGAACACGGGCCAUGACUACCUGGGCGGGUCGGUCGGCAAGGGGUCGCUCGCGCUGUGGACGCACAACCUCACAGACAUCACCCUGAUGGAGAACUACACCAGUCAAUACUACACGGGCGCCGCUUUCAGAAUCGGCGCCGGCGUGCAGUUCACUGAUUUUUCCAAGACUGCCGCUGCCCUGGGGCUGCGUGUGGUUGGUGGCAGCUGUCCAACUGUAGGUGCAAAUGGCGGAUGGCGACAGGGUGGAGGCCACGGGCCCCUGAGCUCUACCUAUGGCCUUGGCGCCGACAACACGCUGGAGUUUGAAGUGGUCACGACCGACGGGCGGUACCUUACGGCUUCUCCUAAGGAGAACUCGGACCUAUUCUUCGCUCUGGCUGGUGGCGGCGCCGGCAACUACGCUGUUGUCGUCUCGGCGGUUGUCAAGGGUCACAAGGACUCCCAGGUCGCGGGCAGCCGGCUUACCGUGAACAACAACGACGAAGACACCUACUGGAGCGUUGUCGAGGCGUGGAUGAAGCACCUGCUCGUGCUGGACACCAUUCACGGGUUUGCAAGCGAGGUGCUUAUUACCGAGCAGUCGUUCUCCCUCGUCCUUGCCACCCUGCCCGGCGGCGAUAAGACCACCAUGACCGGGGCCUUGACUCCCUUCUACGACACCCUGGCCCAGCUGAACGUCACUCCCGUCGUCAACGAGACCAAGGUGCAAGGAAGCUACCUCGAGCACUACAACGAGUUCCUAGGCGGCGUGGAAUUCACGCGCAACAUCACAGUAGGCGGGCGCCUGAUCCCCCGCUCUCUCGUACGGGACGACAGCGCUCUGUCGAACCUGACUGCGACAUUCAAGACCAUGGUCGCCGACUCGGAUACGGCGGUCUACCUGCUCGGGUACAACGUCACCAACGGCGUUGCGGGCGUCCCGGAAGGUUACAAUGCGGUGACACCUGCAUGGCGCGACUCUCUGUUCCUCAUCAACAUUAUUAUCGAGGGCCAGGCCACCGACGACUGGCCCAAGAUGGAGAGCGACCUGGCCCGUGCCAAUGUCUGGCAGGACAAGCUCCGCGACUUCACCCCCGGUGGUGGCGCUUACAUCAAUGAGGGAACGUUCAACGCCCCUCAGUGGAAGGACGACUACUUCGGUGGCACAUACGACCGUCUGCUGUCCAUCAAGACCAAGUACGACCCCAACUUCGUGCUAUGGACCCGUCCAGGGGCGGGCGCCGACCUGUACGAGGAAAGGCCAGACGGUCACCUGUGCAAGGUCUGA